GGAAACAGGAGUUGGCAUCCGUUGCGCUGUAGGAAGAAGAAAGUUCGAAGAAAGAUGCACGAAGAGGAGGAUGGCAGCGAAGCAAACUCAUGCACAGCCCCGCGGCUUGUGGCCUUCAAGUCUGUGGACGUGGCUGAGGUCGAGGAAGCGAAGGAGCAGGCCUCCAAGCUGUGCGGAUACUUAAACAAACUCUCCGGCAAGGGGCCUCUCAGGGGCUACAAGCUGAGGUGGUUCGUGUACGAUCCCAGGAAAUGUUACUUGUAUUAUUUUAAGACUCCUCAAGAUGCAUUGCCACUCGGAUACAUUGAAAUAGGCGAUGCGUGUUUCAGCUACGACGUGGAGGGGGAAGAGGGGCACUUUGAGAUCCGCACAACCGGGAAGGAGUUCCUCUUAAAGGCCCCUAGUAAGCAAGUGAUGCAUUACUGGCUGCAGCAGUUGCAGCAGAAACGGUGGGAUUACAGUAACACACGAGGUACCGGGCAGCGAGAUAGCUGGAGCUCCCCGAUGGUGCUGUAUCCUCCCACCGGCCUCGUUGGCAAAGAUACUGAUACCUUCCUGUUUGAGAAGCCAAGUGAAAGCAUGGAGAAGGUCCGCAGCGACUUAGCCGUGGAAAAACACACAGGUGUUGAAGGACUGGUGGGGAUCCAGUCUGCCAAGGGGCAUUCUGCUGGGUCCACGAGCCCCCUGAACUUCUCCCUUAAAAACUUUGGUACAGAGCUCAGGAACUCCAUGUCUUAUCUGCGGCAGGGCAGAGGAGGUGAGAACAGACGCAGUGUGUUUUACACCCACAACAACAACAGCAACUCGGAGGACUGGGAGAUGGUUGAUGCUCCUACCAAGGACUUCCCUGAACAGAAAAAUCAUCCAUAUACACACAGACAUUCCUUUGGGUCAGCAUUCACCUUUGAUUUUGGGCGCAAUGCCUCGCGGCCUAGGAGACCUGUGCCCCGAGGCAUGAUGGGAUCAGGGAGGUUUGGACGCAACGCAGAGACACGCAGCUCUGAGAAUCCGUCGGUGGAAUGUAACGGCAGCAAAUCUCUGGACAUGCAGCUCCGCCUUCAGAGCCAGCAGGAAGAGCUGAGCCAGAUGCGACAGGAACAAGUCCAACUCAGAGAAGAGCUGACCAGUCAGAAGGAGCUGGUGCGACUACUCCAGCAGACUCUAAGAACCUCCCAGUGUGACAGACCCACAGUGCACCAUCCAGCUCCAGAUUCCUCUGCAUCUUCAGAGCUGACUCAAACGUCAGUCCUAACCCGGGAAGAAGUCAGUCAGCUGGAGGCACUGCUUCAGGAAAGGGAUGAACAGAUUCAGUCCUUGAGUGGCCACAUGGAGCGUCUCUCCCUGGAGAAGGAGAGCCUGCAGCAAGAGCUGAAGGGACUGAAAAUCAAAGUGGGGGAAAUGAACGACCAGCUGGGAAUGCUGAUGGAGACCAUCCAGGCUAAGGAUGAAGUUAUCAUGAAGCUGUCGCAGGAGAGCUUAGAACAGAGCGGGACUCAGACUGAGGCCGGUUCACCACCACCCCACAAAGAGCAGCACGAGCUGGACAUCCUCAAGGACAGUCUUCAGGGUUACAAGUCCCAAAACAUGUUUCUGAACAAAGAGAUCCUGGAGCUGACACUGUUGCGCAGAAAUGCAGAGAGUAGAGAAAAGGCUUUAGAAGCAAAGUGUACGGCUCUAGAGGCCAAGCUGUGCCAGGUGGAGAGUAAGUAUUUAGUGCUUCUUCAGGAGGUGAAGACCCCUGUGUGUUCUUCUUCAGACCAGAAUCCUGCCCACGACGUCAUUUCCAGACUACUGGAGGAUGCACUACAGGCAGAGAGCCCCGACCAGCACGAACACCAAAUCUUCAAACCAAAUAUCGUCAGCGAGUAUGAUAUCUAUGGCUUCAAGACGGUGCCUGAGGAGGAAGAAGAGGAGGAGAGGCUGAUUGCAAAGGUGAGAGCGUUGGAGCUAAAGUCCCUUUCCAUGACAGACCAGGAGGUGUCCAUCGGGGUCAAGUGGGAGAACUUUCUGGCCAGCACUAUGAACAGAGACCUGGUUCGUUGCCCUGAGCUCAAGGCUCUGAUUCGCUGUGGUGUUCCCCACGAGCACCGCUCCAAGGUGUGGCACUCAUGCAUUUCCUUCCAUGUUAAAAAGUUUCGGGACCACUUGGCACCAGAUUAUUAUGAGACCUUACUUAAUGUGGCUCUGGAAAAGCCCAACCCGGCUUCGAAGCAGAUUGAGCUGGACCUGCUGCGUACUUUACCCAACAACAAGCACUACGCCUCCCCCGGUGCUGGAGGUGUGCAGAAACUCAGGAACGUCCUACUGGCUUUUUCCUGGAGGAAUCCAGAUAUUGGCUACUGCCAGGGACUAAACAGACUAGCAGCGAUCGCCUUGCUCUAUUUAGAACAAGAGGAUGCCUUUUGGGCACUAACAGCCAUAGUGGAGGUCUUCAUGCCAAGAGACUAUUAUACCAAGACUCUGCUUGGCUCUCAGGUUGACCAGCGUGUUUUCAGGGACCUGAUGAGCGAGAAGCUGCCACGCCUUCAUGCCCACUUUGAGCAGCACAAGGUCGAUUUCUCUCUCAUCACAUUUAACUGGUUCUUGGUGGUGUUUGUGGACAGUGUGGUGAGCGACAUCCUCUUUAAGAUUUGGGAUGCCUUCCUGUUUGAGGGACCAAAGAUCAUAUUUCGGUUUGCUCUCGCCCUCUUCAAGUACAAAGAAGACGAGUUUUUGAAGUUGCAGGACUCCACAGCCAUCUUCAAAUAUCUUAGAUACUUCACACGGACCAUCCUGGAUUCAAGGAAGUUGAUGAACAUCGCUUUUGUGGACAUGAACCCAUUCCCCAUGAGACAGAUCCAGAACCGGCGCUCCUUUCACCUGGAGAAAGUCCGUCUGGAGCUGACAGAGCUGGAGGCCAUCAGACAGACCUUCCUCAGGGAGAGGGAGACGACUCAGGAUAGACGGAGCUUCCUCAGUGAUGAUGAGGAGGACAACUAACCUGGAGCAAGGGAUAUUUUCAGGUCCUCAUUCAGAUGCUGAAGUUGGUCUCUGCUUCUUGGAACAAUAAACUGAGUCAAAUCAAAGCAAAGGACCAAAACAUUGCAUCAGCAUUCCUGCCAUUUUUUCUACUUUUGUUUUUUUUUUUUGUUUGUUUGUUAUUUUUGCUGUAUGUCUUAUGUUUAUGUCACUUCUCUUCAAUGCAAAGCUUCACACUUGCUGCCCCAAUCAGUAUUUUCAAACAUGUGGCUGUGACCUUUUCAUAGUUUGUGAUUUUAGUACCUGAUGAAGGAAAUGUUUUGUUUAUUUGUUUCCAGAUUUCAGUUUUUUUAAAAUACAUCCUACAUUUUUUUAUUCUUUUCUUACUUCAUUUCUUAUCUUUUUCAAAUGUCCAGUCAACAUCAGAUGCACUUGAAUCGUUGAUGCUGAAAUUGAAAUAUUUCUUCAACUCCCUGCCUUCAAACAUGAAUAUUACUAAUUAUAGAGGAUGGAUCAAAAACUACAUCUUACCAUGUGUUCUGAAUUGGAUGAACAGCAAGAAAAAUCUGCAUUUUUACAUGAAUUUUUUUAUUUGAAAUUCUCAGUAUUUAAUUCUCAUUAUCAAACCAAGAUUUAAUAAUCAGGCUAAUUCUGUGAGCCAGUGUUGCCUUAUUGGUUUUGUGAUUGAUACAAAUAAUUUGAAGAACCAUUUAAUCAUUUAGAUUUUUCCAAAGAUUCUUGCUGUUUUGCAUUUAUAUUCAGACUCAGAUCAUGUACCACCUUAAACUUGAAACCAGCAUAUCAGUGAACGCCUUCCUAUAAAUUGAUUGAUUAAGCGUGAAUCUUCUAUGAUCUUAUGAUGUCUUUGCAUUGGGCUUGAACUGCCCUGUAUUGGAGCAGCGGUUUUAAUUGUGUUACUUUAUUGGGAUUUCUGAAUGCUCACAUGGAUUGUUAAAAGCUGGGAUCGUCCAAACGAAAACUGCUGAUGUAUUUGCAUCUUUUGUCCUCAUGGUGGCAGUAUAGCAGUGGUGAGGCAUUUAGAGGUACCCUGCACAUAGUGUGACGGUAGCUGAUCAGAAAUGGCUAUAUAGUCAUUCAACAAAAUUUUAUUAUGAUGUGGGAAGUGUUUCACAAAAAUGAACCACACUCAGUUAAAUCGGACCUUUUGGUGCACACUCAGAUACUUACAGAACCUUAUUUUAAUUCCUAACCAGUAUGGGUAAGUUGAUAACCCAACACAGCAGUUUAGAAAUGAGUGUGCUGAGGUUUUAGUUAGCGUCCUGUGAAAACUUGGAUUAAUGAGGUUGUACAUGAGAUUGUCGAGCAAGUUUUUCUCACUAAGACCCUCCUUUUAUGUACUGAAGUAUUGUUUACAGCUUUCUUUUUUCCAUUCGUGUUGGGCUGUUUACAGAGAUUACUAAAUCAACCCCCCUUUUUUCUCUUUUCCACCUUAUUCUUUUAUUGUCUGAACCUGUGAAUUUAAAAUGAAACAGAUGUGUACAGGUAGAAAUUUGCUAACUUUAUUCAUGAGAGCAGGUCUCUCAUGGUUCUCUAAACAUUUCCUCAUGUCCACCCUGGAUGCCAAAUGGCACAAGCUGUAGAUUACAAGGUUUACUCAAUGCACAGCUUUUCAAUCUAAGAUUUGUUUGUAUGAAUUUAAAUUUUUUAUAAUCGGUUUGCUUGUCUCAAUGAAUAAGCUAUGUUGAAAAUGAUCUUUUUUCUUUUUCCUCAUGCUUUUCCCAGCAGUGUAUUGCACAAAUGAGGCAACAUGAAUCUAGAAUAUUAUAGGGCACUUCACUUUUUUGUAUGUUAAUCUGUCUUAUGUUUUUUUGUGUAUCAGCUUCAUUUAGUAAUUAAAGAUUAAAGGCUUGUAUCUUAAAGUAUACACCACUCUGUUUUUGUAAAACCAGUUAAACUUCAAUAAAAAAUGAAUGAC